AUGGGUUUAGAAGAUAGUAACAAAUAUUGUACUACAGAUCAAAUGUUGUUGGUAAAUAUUGUGGCUGAGAACACGGAUCAUCCUGUUUUAUGGGAGAUUUCUCACGCAGAAGUUUAUACAAAUUCUAAAACAAUUAAGAUUUACCAAAUACUACAAAAAAAUGAAAAGCGUGAGUGUGACCUUGAACUAAUAUUUUGGUAUCAGGAAUCAAUUUUUGAUGCAAUUACAAAAUUAAUAUACAGUAAGAUAAUAACAGCCUUGCAAAAAGGAACUUCUAAGCCGGAAGAGAUUGUUAAGUCAAUACCAAAAUUCAUAGAAUUGCCAACAGAUGUCACUGAUUAUUUAACGAGCGAAAUAAAUGAUACCUAUGAAAAGAAUAAACCAAUUAAUACUGAUGAUAUUAAAGAAAAAUUGAUUAAUAAGAUAACUGGUCUUCGUGACUCGUUUAAGAAUAUAAUUUUAGAAACUUAUAAUAGAACUGAAAAUCAAGACGUAUCUGAUUUAGAUAAAUUUACAACAUAUAUGGAUUCACUCAGUGAAAAGUUUUACUGUUAUAUUUCGGUGUGUAAAUUUCUACGCAAAGAAUUCACUAAAUAUUACAUACCAUUCAUAAGAGAUCUGUCAAAAGUCGAACACAUUGUGUACGAGGAUGUGUCAAUCGAAAAAAACGUUCGAUCUAACGGUUAUAAUAAACGAACGGAAAGUAGCAGGUGUCAAUAUGUUAGAGAUUUGUACAGUCUCUGUCUUGAAGCAACCACAUUUUUAAAAAUGACUCUUGGCAGAGAAAAUGCUGUGGUACACGAAUAUACACAGCAAGUAAGUACAAUUUUGUCAACGAUUAGAAAGUGGUCCAUUGAGGUGAUCGAACGGUGUACGUACAAUGGCUGCAGGGACCUUUUAAAAGUGUCAUACCAUAUUUACGUUGUCUUGAAUCCAAAGCACACUGAUCAUUUUAAACUCAGUCAAUCGAAGAUCUUAAUGUCAAUGAUAAUGUCUAUUUUAAAUACGUAUGGUAUUGACCACUGUAGGCCACCAAAAUUCAAUUUCUUGUUAUUGAACAGUACAUAUCUCGAGGUUAUAGGUUAUGAUGAUGUACUUAGUAAACGUUUAAAUUCAUUUGUGCUGAGCCUUGAAAACUACCUACACAUACCGAUAGUUGAAAACUACUCAUGUUUUUUAAAUAUUUACUGUUUUUUUGAAAACUAUCUACAUAAAACUGAUUUUUUCACUAAAUACAAACACAUGAUCAGUUUUUUUUACAAAGGUGAAAGGAAGUACAUUGAUGAAAUAUACGAGAACAUAUGUGCAAUUACUAUGGACCCUUCUCAUGUGUUCAAAUUGUAUGAUAUAUAUUUCAAAUUUAUUCUGGGUUCGGAAUUUUACAAAGUGUGCGUUUUCGUUAAUUACUCAAUCAAUGCAGAUCAUCAAUCCAAUUUAUUGAGGUUAAAUGAUUGUUAUGACUUUUACCGUCAAUAUAAGAUGUUACUUAAUCCUAAACAUUUUCUCGCAAAUUUAUCGAUACUUGUAUCUAAUGUUGAUCGAUUUUCUAGUAUGGUAUUUGAUCUAUGUAAGGAAAGAGCAAAUAUAAUCGAAAAUUACCUUACAAAUCAUAAAUCUAAAAAAAAAAUACCACAUUUUGAUGUGUUUGGCCCAGAACAAUAUUCAAAUGAUCUGUAUUUAAAAGUGGCCAAAUUAAAAGAAAAUACAGAAAUGCAAUUCGAAAAGUUUGGUACGUUCAUUAAAAUAAAGUUAGAAGAAAUUCCAAAAACAAUAAUAGCCUUUAAGGACCGAUUUAAACAUUUUAUUCAUAGAAAACCAAAAACAAUAUUGAUAGAAAAAGUUUUUGAAGGUAUGACUCUGAAGACCUGUGAAUUAGUCAAGGCUGCUAACAAUAUGCUCUCAGAACUCAUAAUCAAUAUUUAA